AUGGCUCCACGGGUGCCUCAACGAACAAUUGCUGAAAUGGAUACAAAAUUUGAUGAGCUUGCCUCUGCUUUAUCCAAAGAUCCAAGGGACCAAUUGACCUCUGGUAUAGGUGAAAUAACAACCAGGUUACGUUCACGUGGCUCUCGAACUGACAAUGAAUGUGAUCAAUUUGAUUCAGAUGUGGCAAUGGAUGAAAAUAAUCAAAUAAAUGCUGCAACACACAACACUGAAGGCCUUGCUAAGAGUGGAAGCAAACUUACAAUUAACAAUCAACUUCGCAAGAGAAGAGCAAAAGGAAAGCAUAUUGAUAUAAAGUUCCCUAAAGAGUUUGCAAAAGUGUGUGGAGAACAUGCUAGUUUAUUUAAAAGUGAGAUAACAGUUCUUGUAAGAACUGUACCACUCCAAGUGAAGAAGUGGAGGGACAUGGAUAAGUUUCAUCCUGGUACUACUACAUCUAUUUGGAGAAAACUAAAGCAAAAGUUUCCUGAGCUUUCAGAAGAAGAGAAAGAUUGUGCCAUGAGACAAGUAGAGAGUCAAUAUAAUAAUCGGCGUUACCGUCUACUUCAAGCUUACCGAAACAACAAGCCAAGGCCACAACAUGUCUCACCAGAAGGUUGGCAAUGGUUGAUAAGGAAUUUGUGGACGGAUGAUGAUUUUCAGAAAAGGAGCAACCAAAACUCUAUCAACAGAGGAAAGCAAGAGAUGGGGUCCAAAGUAGGAACUAGAUCAAUUGCUCAAAUCGCUUACGAUCUGCGAGACCCAGAAACUGGUGAAUGGCCUACUGCUAUGCAAGUUUGGAAGGCUACAUAUCAAAAGGCUGAUGGGACAUGGUCCAUUCCAAUGGGUGAAGAAAUAAUGCCAAACCAUUCACGUGGUGUUGACAUUCGAGCUGUAAACCGAGUGGCUGAGGAAAGAAUCAGAUUGCAGGUGCAAAUUGAGGCUUCAGAACAGCGUGAAGCUGCAGCUCGAGCACGUGCAGAUGCUGCUGAGCAACAUGCUGAGGCUGCUGAGCAACGAGCACAAGCUUUGGAAGGCGAAGUUUCCACGGUGGUCGAAACAAAUGCACAACAGCAAGAAGAGCAGCAAUCCCAACGUGAUGAGAUGAGUUCUUUGCGUCAAGCACAGAGUGGAGAAGUUGCUCGCCUAGUGAGAGAACAACUUGAUCAUCAAAUGGCUGCAUUAAUUGCACGCAUUGGUGCCUCACAGCCUCCAGCAUCUUAG